GGUUUACUUCAGUGAAUGAAACCACGGUGAAAGUAAACUGAGCUCAUACAAAUACAUCUGCACAUUAUUUGUGUGCUUAAGAGUGCAUUGAACAAUGGAUGUCACAGCAGAGGCCAAGCAGAUAAUGGUCCAGGCUUUGGGUAAAAUGUACAGCUCGCGCAGCCAGCGUGGCGGACUUCGGCUCCACCGGAGCCUGUUGCUGACGCUCGUCAUGAAAUCUGCAAGGGACAUUUACCACUCAGCCCGACUGAUGAGCGAGAAAAGCGGACAAUCUGUCACAGAGGAGAGCACAUCACACACUCAGGAGCCCAUGGACACAUCGAGCUCCACGGCGACACCUUUGCGCGAGACAUCGGGGCAGUCCAGCGAGGAUGGGCAAAGGUCCGGACUCGAGGGUCAUCCGCAUCCACUCAACCCCGCGGCGGACAAAGAAAACUGCAGCCCAUCCAGACCGGACCGUCACUCCAGAAAGCGACGAAGCAAAACAGCCACGGAUUCAGACUUCAUCCCAUGCAAAAAAGCCAAACUGGAGUGCGCGGAGGUCAGGGGGGUUCUUCAAAACAGUUCCGCUAACUGCGGCAGGGCGCUGGACUCGCUGUCACUCGUGCCAAUGCCAAGGACAAUUGUCACUUUUUGAAGAGACAAACAACAGAAGCCCUUCAGUUGUCAAGUGAACUUUGCGCACCACUGGAAGCGGAUUGUGGCGCAGAACUGCCACCGGGCAGUGUUAAGGGCACUUGAGAAGCCAGUGGGUAGUUUUACUCACAGUGGAACAAUGUGACAGCCGGUUACUCAUACAGUAGGAGAGUAUUGGGUUGUUGUGGACAUUCUGACUAAUGGUGCUUGUUCAGCCCGUCAUUUUUCUCUGAGUCAGGAUAUGACGCGGUACUUCGACGAGAAGUGUGACUGGGAAAACCACCGCGGACAUUUACAUGAACUUUAUUUAUUUAUUGGUCAGGAAUUUGGAUUGUCAGUCCAGUCGUUACACUGACUGACUCACUUGCUGAAGAAUCCACAUAAAACCAUUGUGGAAGACUUGAUCUGGUUUGUUAAUGGCCAGGAUAGUCAAUCUGUGGAUAUUCGUGCAGGUCAACGUGAAAUAAGCUAUACAACAAACAUCUUGAUGUUAUGAUUAAGUCUAUCUACCUCACUUUUGUACAAUAAAGAUGUUUAAACAUA